UUGAGAUUCUCACUUAACAUAUUUUUUCUACAGGAUAAUCUUAUUAUAGGCUACAUAUUCUCGAGUAAAUCUAUUGUUUACUUUGCAUUAGUUCAAAUAGUCGAGCGAUUCGCGGCCAUUGGUGACUCCUUGGACAUUAUUUGCCCGUACUACGAUCCCGACGAAGAUCAACAGGAUGCUGAACAAAGUAUCAUCUACAGGGUAUCGGAACAUGACUAUGAGACUUGCACGUUGUCAUCAUCAGCACGUGAAUUGGGACGAUGCAUAUCACCAAACCGACGAGACAAAGUUAAAGUGUCGUUCCGGCUUAUGAGUCCGAAUCCGUCAGCAUUAGACUAUCGACCUGGGCAGACCUAUUUUUUCAUAACAACCUCAACCGGAUCACGGUAUGGCCUCGAUAACAAAUACGGAGGUCUUUGCGCUAGUCAUCAUUUGAAAAUGGUCAUCCAUGUUACUGAUAAGAACGGCGAUACCAGCCGUGAGUUGUUGUUGUUGUUGUUGUUUUGA